AUGGCGGAAUCAAGGCAGGUGAUGGGCACAGCCUCUGGCGAGCUCCUGAGCGCUCGGAAGACGCGGCCUCUGCACCUGCAGUAUGCUGGACAGUAUGCUGCAGUUUUCUCGGCACUCAAAGGUGUCUUCUAUGACGGUCUGCAGUCGGUGCUGGACUUUGUGACAGGCAGGCUUCAGGAUUGCAGUCGUGCUGCUUGGGAGGAGGCUGAUGAGGUUGUUGUGGAAGAGCUGCGGCAGCUUUCGUUCGACCAGGCCCAAGCAGAUGUCGAGGACCCUGCGUCAGGUUGCUUGGAAGAUCUGGGCCCUGAGUUGAUGCGCUGUGUAGGCAGCUAUCUCGGAGUUUCCCCGUUUUGCUAUUACCGCGCUGCGUGCCGAUUGAACGCAGAGCCGAAGGAACUUGUGGCCCACUGGGCUGGUCUGGUGAAGCCAGACAGGACUGAAGUGUAUAUGCUUGCAGCCUGCCCACCAGAAGAUCUGGAGCAACGCCUUCUUCUUUUUGAUGUUCACGUUCGUGAGGGUUACAAAGGCCUGCACUGCUUGUUUGAGACGAAUCUGUCGUACUGGUGGAAGAUGCACCCGGAUGCCUAUGUGGACGUGCUGUCGAGCUUGAGGAAGCACAGGGCAGCAAACCCAGAGCUGCGGGGUUUGGUUGCCGGUCUUGCAGCCAGGCUCUUACGCCACGGGCCAGACAGGCGUGCUCGACACUUUCUUCUCCGAGAUGUUUUGGACUUGCUCCGAUCACCUGAUUUGGAGGAUCAGUUCCGUGCAAUGGAUACUUUGAGGACCUCAGCAGCCGGCUUGGGCCGGUUCACGAGCAAGUUCAAGGCAGCUUUGAAUGCGAUAUUGGCUCAGAAGGCCCGCAGAACAGUGGCACACAGUCAAGCCUUAAAGGCUUUCCAAAGGCUGGACGACCUGUCCUCUCAUCGCUCACUUCCGCAAGCACCACGCUCUCUUUAG